CCUCCAGAAUAUGUACGACAUUCUAGGCCCUCGCCGAGCCCGUCGUGAUGCCCAAGCUCGUCAUGUUCGGAGUUUGGCUCGCUGUCUUCACGAUCAACAUGUUGGUGGUCUUCCCCCGUCUUGAACAUGACGAUCAUCCGAGAAAUGGAACAAGGGCUGUACUCCUUGUACUGGUUUGGAGUUUGGACUUUGGUGUAUUAGGAAAAGGGAUGAAAGAAUUUGCGGCGUUAUUGAGCUAUCGCUUUCCUCAUAUGAAGAUCAGACGAGGACGCGGCACGUCUUUAUGAGAAAUCAGCGAGACUUGAAGGAGAUAUAUGAUGUGACGGAGCGCAUUUAUUGCUAGACAGGGUUAGUAGAGAUGACGAACCCAACACGUUAGGCGAUAAGAGGCCGGUUACUUCUAUGUUGGA